AUGUCAGUCCUCGGUGGAGGUGUUGAAGAGAGUAUGGAGUGUGCUGAUGCCGAUGGAAGCAUCAGCGAGUGUUCGUUCGACGUGGUUUCGAGUGCAGUGCGGGACGAAUACAAGGGUCACUCCAAGAUGAUGAAGUUGAACCCUGUCGUGAAUGACCAUCGUACAAGAAUCCUGCUCGACACAGGAGCAAACGUUAGUGUCAUCACCGACACGUUUGCCAAGAAAUUGCGACUUCGUGACAUUCCAGAUGCAUCGACAUUCAAGGAAUCAGUGAAGGCAACGUGUCGACGAUACGACGAGCGCUCGUGA